GCUAGGAGGACGCUGGCUCCGCCUGCGCUCGCCCCCUCCCCCCCCAGCGGCCUUAGAGACACCCCACAGUAGCCAUGCCGAUGGGGCCGCCCGGGCUGUCCCCCUCGCGGGUGGCUUGGCUCUGCGUCGCAGGCGCCACCUUGGCGCUGGGGGUGGCCGCGGCCUGGCGUCGGCGGCGGGCUCAUCGAAGCUUGGUGCAGGUGGGGACGGUGUCGGGGCUGUACAUCUACCCGGUCAAGUCCUGCCGGAGGGUGUCUGUGGAGGACGCCGAAGCGACUGAGCUGGGCCUCCGCAAAGGGGACCUGCGCGACAGGUUUUGGCUUGUAAUUAAAGAAGAUGGACACAUGGUCACAGCUCGGCAGGAACCUCGUCUGGUGCUGGUUUCUGUGGCUUUUGAAAAAGGGCGCUUGAUCCUGCCCACUGCUCCAGAGAUGAAGGAAUUGAACAUUCCCGUCAAGCUCCCUGAAGAGAAUCCUGUCAAGAAUUGCAGGGUCUUUGGGCUUGAUAUUGAAGGACGGGACUGUGGGGAUGAUGUGGCACGCUGGCUCACGGCUUUCUUGAAGUCAGAACCGUAUCGGCUGGUGCACUUUGAGACUCAGAUGGCACCAAGGAAAUGCAGUGAGAUUAAGAUUCCUUUUCGAACUACAGAUAAGGUUCCCUACAAUGACGCUGGUCCUCUUCUGGUCAUCUCAGAAUCUUCAAUGGAAGACUUAAGUACUAGAAUGGAGACGAAAGUGGAUAUGCGUAAUUUUAGACCAAGUAUUACAGUUUCUGGCUGCAGUGCUUACGAAGAGGACACCUGGGACAAGGUUGUAAUUGGUGACGUGGAGAUGAAACAUGUGAUGGCGUGUGGCAGAUGUAUUCUGACAACUGUUGACCCAGAUACUGGAAUCAUAGACAGAAAAGAGCCACUGGAAACACUCAAAAGCUAUCGGAUGUGUGAUCCAGCUCAGAAACAUAUCCACAAAUCGGCUCCAUUGUUUGGGAGCUAUUAUGGAAUUGAUAAAGUUGGAACCAUUAAAAAAGGAGAUCCAGUAUACAAGAUAAUCGAGUGUUAGAAAAAAGUAUUUUAGAGCGAGAGGAUGAUUUACCCUAAGAGAAUGUGUAGCCUAUUCAGUAACUGUAAUGUUAAAAUAACGUAGGGUCUGGUCCAGCUAAAUAAACACUUCUGUGUAAGUCCCAUGAAUUUUGUCCGAAGGGCAGACAAAAGGAAGUACUCCUUCACUCAACAAGUAAUUAAAUUGUGGAAGUCACUUUCAGUGGAUGUAAUGAUGACUACAAGCAUAAAUGGCUUUAAAGGAAGAUUUGACUGAUUCAUGGAGGAGAGGUCCAUCAAUAACUACUAGCCAUGGCUACUAAAGGGAAUCUCCAUGUCCAGAGCCAGUAAAUACCUGGCUACCCUUACUAGGAGACAAUAUCAGGAGGAGUAUGCCAUGGCCUCUUGUUCCAUUUGUUGGUCCUUCAGGGUAACUGGCUGGCCACUGUAUGAAGCAGGAUGCUGUACUAGAUGAACAACUAGUCUGAUCCAGCAGGGAACCAGUUGGGUUCUCACAUUCAAUGGGACAUUUAACUACUCCUUUGAAAUCAGGUUUAGAAGUGCUUAACUUUGGCUGAUACAGCCAUGCAUUCCUCAAGUAUUUGUAAUUUAAUCUUAGACAGAACCACUAACAGGGCCAACAUCAGGGACUGGUAUGGUCAGGCACCUUCUGAGUAUCUUGACCUUGCAGAAGGCCCACCACCAGACAGAGAGGACUGACUCCUCCAUUCUCACAAGAGAAUGGGAGAGCAUCCUACAAGCCGCUGCAACCAUAUGGUAGCUGCAGUUUGCUUUUACCAGACACCUCCUCCAGUGGGCAGUGGGAGAUUGCCCCAGAAGCCUCUGUGAAUCAGCAGAGGUUUCAAAGUAAAUCUCCCAUUUCCUGGUUGGAAAGAUAUUGGAGGAAGUGGAGCAGUGUUUCUCUCUGGCUCCUUUUAGCCCUCCUGCAAAGAAGUGAGAGGGCGUGUGUGUGCAUGCACGUGUAUGAUAGGAACAGGCGGAGUGGAGGAGGAGGAGGUGGUGGUGACGAGGAGAGCCAGGAAUGUCGUAUGGGCCAGGGGCCUCCAAAUCCUUAGGAUGGAUCACAAAAGAAACAAAAGACGAAACCACCCCAAAGGAUACAGAUGACAACCAUUCAACAAUAUGUUUUUAUACUAGACUGUUCCUCCUGUUUAACCUUGAUAACUUGACUAAACAGCCAUUGACUUAAAAUAUAUACUUUUUGAAAAGAUAAGAUUUUAAAUAAGCCAUUGUGAUUUUGAGAAAUAGGAAGCAUUUAGCUUUCUGUGAAAUCUACAUAAAUUUGGUUAAGUUUAAAGUAUUUAAAACUUUCAAUUAAAAAUAAAGUUUUAAAACAAAUGUUACCAGAUACUUUUUUUUAACUCCUGAAAUCUAAAGCCGCUUUCUCAAGAGAUGCCUAAAUUGUGAUGCCUUUUUUUUUUGUCUGAAGACAUGUGCUUUGCAGACGAAAGCAAACUCUUUAAAUAAAACUUCGUUGGUUUUAAAGGUG